AUGACUGCACAAUCAGUCCUAACGAAGGGGAAGUUCCAUGAUUUUCCUUUUCGAAAGACUGUUCCAGCAUCCCCAGGAAAUGAUUCAGAUGUUGUUGGGAGUUCUCUAGGGGGGCGUGUCCCCAUGUACAUGGACGGUGCUGCCCCUGCUGUUAUAAGACUAACACAUACUGGUUCUAAUAGCAAACCAACAUCAGCUUAUUCUACAAUUUCUGCAAGAAAUCAUUUAUUUGACAUCAACGAUACAAUCGUUGUCCAAGAAUCUCAUCAGAAUGGGAUCAUUGCUGGUCUCCAUUCCGGCUCUAAAGCAACACAGAGUCACUCACAACCAUUUAUUUAUUCAGAAAGAUCAUCGUCUAGAAACGGUAUUAUCGCUGCAAAACAAUCACUAUCACAGAUCCAGGACAGUCGAGCAUUAGAUGUUGCUGAUAUUCAUUCACUGUUAACCUCGGAUGCUAACCGGAGACCAUUGUCAAGACAACGGAUAAACACACCCAAAGAUAUCAAACAGCCAGGUCUUGAUCAUGAAUUCACAGAUUUGGCAAGAUGUAAAACCUCUGCAUCAACUAGAAGUAACAUCGGUUUAACUGAUGAAACAGUUAAUCGUACUUGCCCUUCAGGCAAUUCAGAUGAAGACGAUAAAGAUGAAGACAAUGAUGAUCAAAAUGAAGAUAAAGACGAUGUUGAAGACACCUUUCCUUUAAAAGGAAAUCCCUAUAUGCAGGAACCAGAUAUAAUUGUGAAUGUGCCCAGUAAAUCAUCAACCAAAAAAGGUAAAAAGAACAAAAAGAGAUCCAAGUCUUCAAUGAGUACAAAGAUGAAAAUCAAAUUACAGGCUAGCAAUAGACUUUAUCAACAGGGUAAAAUGAAGAUACCACAAGCAACAAAAGUAAAAUCAGAAAAGGAAACAAGUAACAAAUCUUCCAUGAAUGAUGGAGUAUUAUCAAAUUUAUCAAAUGUUCUACAAGCUCAAAGUAAACCUAUCACCUUAGUCAAACAUGACCAUGUUGUAAAUUCAUCAUCAAAACAAACUCACAGGUCUGGUGCUAUGUCAGAAAUAUUGAGACCGAAAAUUGCUCAGAUUGAAGCGUUAAAGUCUUUCAGCAAAUCAUCAGGAGGAUCAAGAAGAGGGGGAACUGAUUCCCAAACUUCUCAAAAUAGAUUGCCUCAAAUGACAAUAAAUAAUUUAGUGCAACAAAGCUCCAAUCAAGAACCAAGCGUACACAUGUCUGCUACUAGUGAUUUACUUAGUACUCCAAAGUCAUGUCUACACAAUGAAAAUCGUGUAACUUAUUAUCAGACAUCUGUAAAUGAAAUUGCCAAAAUUACCAAGGUGUAUUUGUCUGAGAAACAUUCUGGUACAAUGAAGGACUGUGGAAUGGAAUACCCUUGUGCACCUCCUGCAACACCAACACCAGAUCAGCUGAAAAAAGUGGAAUAUGUGCCAAGUAUGAAUGAUAUCAGGGCACAAAGGGCUGUCAAGUUAAAAUUACAGGUGCUAGAAAAAGAAGCAAGCAAAAGAAUUGAGAAACAGAAAGAAGAAAAGGCAAGACAGGAAAAACUUCAGAUGAAGGAUAGAGAGAAGGAAUUAAAAAUGAAACAGAGGAAUGAGAUUUAUGCUCUUAAUAAAGCCAUGACUGAGUUAGAACAACACAGGUUUCAGGAGUUUUGCUCAAAGAAGGGUAUUGUAAUAUAA